GCCCCGAGGCCGCCCACCGGGGCGGGCUGCUGGCAUGGCCGCGCAGGGGCCCGGCGGCGCCUCGCGCGAGCGUCACGAGCCGCUGCUGGCGGAGGACGCCCGCGCCGGGCCCGGCGGCCCUCUCCCGCCUGCGGCGGCGGCCCGUGCUGCGGCGGGGCCCGGAGCUUUGCCAGGGCGGUGCUCCUCGUCGCCGCCGGCACGGUGGCGGAUCUUGCGUCGCCGGGGAGCCGGCGGAUCUUCUGGAGGCUCUACCCGUAUCCAAUGUCUGUCUUUUUCGCGGUCUGGCUGGUGAUUGUGUGCACGGGCUGCGUAAAUUGGGAUGACGAGACGCGGCUGAUGACCGAGAACUUGUUUUUCAUCACGUUGUCUACAUUCGUUGCCAGGAGCGUGCCGACGACAUCCGUGUGGUCCGAUUUUCUCUUGAGCAGCAUCUGGAGCGCAUUGCUGUGGUUUAUCGGCGGGCGAUUUCCCGAGUGCUCCGUCGUCGGGAUGCAGCAGCUGCCUUUCUUAACUUUCUGGGUCUGGGCGACCGGACUGCACAGCUGUUUUGUGGCGCAGUUCUGCGUCUCGGGGUGCCUCCGGAUCUGCCUCGACCCGCGAUUUGGCGCGUCCAGGCAGUUCCAGGUGGUGUAUCUGGUGGGAACGAUUCUGGGCCUCAUCACCCUCCUCGAGUGGCAGUCCGUGUCCCACUACCACAAGGUGCAGAAGCUGCUGAGCGUCUCGACGGACGGGCACCUCGUCGUGGACAAGACCACCCGCGUCAUUGCCAGCGUGAGCUCGGAGAUGACGCUGGUCUUGGGCCAGGCACUCAUUGGAGCACAGUUCGACCUCUUCUCUCACCACAGCGAUCGUGCCCAGAUCGAGCAGUGCUUCGGCCUCAGCGUCGGCGAGCCCUCGGAGGCGUUCCUCGCGACGCUCUGGUACAGGCAAUCCCCGAAGGCCACGCCCACGCGAGAGUUCGAGGCACGCAUCAUACCCUUCGAGGUGACAGGGCCUCACCUCCACUUUUGCAUCCAGAUCGUUGGCGAGAUGAGGACGUACCCGGUCGAUGGGGGUUCUGUUCACCAGCCGCGCCCUGGACCCUGCUCCUCUGCGGAGAUCGUCCAGGGCGCGGAGUCGCACCAGCAGAACGACGACGACACGUGCAGCUUCACCCUCUCGAGCAACCGGGCGUCCCUGCCGCCCUGGGCGCAAGGCCCCCGCCUUCAGAAGGAGGACGACUCCGACUCCUUGACCGUGUCCAGCUUGAGCGGCGUGCGCCCGCCGCCGCGCUGGCCGCCAGAAGGCCCGAGCCAGGUGCUCCUCUGGCAGCAAGGCGAUGCCUGCGCCGACCCCGCGGCGCCAAAGCCUGGCGACCCGCUCGACCCGCGCGCCGUCCUGCCGCAGUUCCGGCCCCGCCCCGCGGCCGCCCUGGCAGCGCCGAUCGCGGAGGCCCUGCUGCACCACAACUUCCUCCUGCCAGGAUCCGCCUGCUGCCCCUGGCACCAG